AUGGCGAGCGACGGUCAUGACAUUGAACCAUUACUCCAACACUCUGGUAGACCACCGCCGGAGCACCACGACGUCACGAUUCUAACGCCGUCGGAAUUCAAAAACCGUCUACUGUACGGCUCUCAACGAGACUCAUCUCCGUCAUCCUCUUCCGCAACCUCACUCUCCGACUACUCAACCACCCUCAACCUCCUUAGAUCAUCCCAACGAGCUGCAACAGCUCCUGCUGCUACGGCGUUUGCGACCAACGAUCCAACAACUCCCCCAAUAGAUCGGGAAACAGAGCAAUCAUCAGAUCCAAACUCCAUUGCAAGACAAUCUGUUGCAAUGCUUAUUGUGUAUCUCUCUUUAGGUGUGCUUAUCUAUUGGCUUAAUCGAGACGGCUACGCACUGAAGAAUCAAACCCAUCCCGUCGUUGAUGGUUUAUACUUUUGCAUCGUAACAAUGUGCACAAUCGGUUAUGGAGACAUCACACCGGACAGCGUCACAACGAAGUUGUUAUCCAUAUUGUUUGUUCUUGGUUGGUUUGUUCUCAUGAACACAUUUCUUAGUAGUGGGAUCUUGACUUACUUUCUUGAUCUCCAAGAAAGCUAUAUCUAUCGAAAUUCAAGAUCAUCAUAUAUAUUCGAUGUAAGGAAAGGCAGGAUGAAGACUAGGGUUAAAGUUGCAUUAGCGUUGGGUGUUGUGAUAUUAAGCCUUGGACUUGGAGUUUUGAUUAUGCAUUUCGUUGAGAGAAUCGGGUGGUUGGAUUCGUUUUACUACUCGUUUAUGUCGGUUACUACAAUUGGUUAUGGAGGUCGUGAGGCUUUUAAGACGUUGACAGGUAGACUUCUUGCUGCGAUCUGGAUGCUUCUGUCUACUUUCUCUCUUGUUGGAGCGGUUUUGUAUUUGGCUGAAGCGAGAAAGGAGAAGACGAGUAGAAAAAUGGCGAAGAGAGUGCUAAGUGAAAACAUGUCUGUCGCUCAGUUCUUUGCAGCAGAUAUCGACAGAAGUGGCUGCGUGAGUAAAGAAGACUUUGUGAUAUACAAACUAAAGGAGAUGGGGAGAAUAACUAGUGAGGACAUUAGACCGAUCCUUAACCAGUUUGACAAGCUUGACCCAAGCAACAGUGGACGUAUUGCUCCUUUAGAUUUAUCCACUGCAACUUUUGUUUAA